UCACCAGGCUGUGACGCCAUCUUUGUUAUUGGCAGUGAGUCUUGGGGAGCCAGCGCUAGUUUGUUCAGUGUCCGGAGUUGUCAGGCAAGAAGUUAUUAAUUACAAUAAAUUAAUCAUACAUCAAUUAGUUCAUUAACAGUUAUGGUUCAAACCUGCUCAGCUUACGGCUGUAAAAACCGCUACCACAAAGAUAAAGACAUCUCCUUCCAUAAGUUUCCCCUUGCGCGUCCAGAUAUUUGUGGCAAAUGGGUGUCCGCAAUGAGGAGGAACAACUUCAAGCCCACCAAGUACAGUAACAUCUGCUCGCAGCACUUCACCAAAGACUGCUUCAAGAGAGAAUGUAACAACCGUGUUCUCAAGGAGAACGCUGUGCCGUCGCUCUUUAACUUCAACCUCAAGUCGGAAUGUCUGGAGGAUCCCUUUUCCUCUGAGAUCCACUUCCCCCUCUCGUUUCCUUUGACCUCCGACACUGUCAUGGAGGAGGUGGAGUCCGAACCCGCCAGGAGUCUGCCAGAUGCCCACGGCGACACGGUGGUGGUCUCCUGUGACCACAACUACACGGCCGAGGACUCUGCGCGGCAGAAGAAGCGCAUCCAGCAGCUGGAGGAGCAGCUGGAGCUUCUGAGGAAGAAGCUGAAAACCACCCAGCAGAAGUGUCGCCGUCAGGAGAGACAGCUCAAGAGUUUGAGGGUCUCCUGCAAGACAGUCAAGACAGCGUGUGACACGCCACUUUCUUUUAGUGAGGGUUACGUCAUUUUACCCAAACACAUCAACCAAACUCUCAAAGACGUUGAGUAACACAUUUACUGAGACUUAAAAUACACUAAUUAUCCUGAACUGUUGGUGGGGCUACUGAGCAUGAAGGCUGUCAAUUGAAGAGCCCACCUAAGGAACAUCGACCUUAAAAUCAACUAUCAUGGAAAAUGUUGUUUCUGACUAAUUAAUGACUUGCAUUGUUGCCGCGACAAUUGAGUUCAUCAACAGAUCUUUUGCACAUCCAAUAUUAUGUAUUUGGUAAACAAUAAUAUGUUGUAUUUCAUCCGA